AUGCUCCGAACAACGGCUCUUUUGAGGCCCAGAGGGUUGCUUUGGGCUGCUUUCUACUUGUCAGUUGACACAGACACUCAUUACUUGCAUCCCGACUCCUUGCCGCCUGUCUGCUCCUUUGAAUUGUUCCUAGCCUCUCGAGUCUUCUACAACCUCUCCUCUGGCGACUUCUCCUACCAAGCGAGGGGCUCCUUGCCCAGUCCAACAUCUCGGAGCCAAUCAAUGACCAGCGGAAAGGAAACCUCUUGGGAAAGGGCAACCCACGACGUUGCCUUGGAUCCCUGCCAUUUCUCCCCCCUGUCUCUUGCCUUGCCUUGCCAAAAGGAGGGGAUUCUUCCUCUUCCCUGCUCCUUCUUUUUACCCCUGCUUGCCCGGGGUCAUCCUCUCCACAACUUUUCACUUCCACUUCGUGCCCCUGGCGCCUUGUUCACGGCGUGGUCCUUCCGCCACUCCUUUCCCCAUGCAUCAAUCCACAUCCAGAUGGUCAUACACUUGCAUCCAAAGUCCACCUCGAUCGCAUUCCUUCUCCAUCCUGCUACCCUGGACCCCUUGCUCCCGAAGAAAAAUUCUGUCAGCAAGGGCACGCCGGAAUCUCGAGAGGCUAUGCCCUUCAGAGGAGAGCAAGAACACCUGGGAUCCCGGCCCAAAUCCUCGAAGCACGCUUUACCCGAUCAUGACGCGACCUACCUUCUGGCCAGAAGCUCCACGAUAGCUCUUGAGCGUUGUUCCUUCCCUCGCUUUUGCUCCCUGCGCUGCCACGCCGCCUACACUCUUCCGAGAAGAAUAGGCUCGCUUCAAAUCGUUCGAUCUAGGACCCAGUCUGGUCGCCACGCCUGUCAAGCGAUAUUAUAUCGUGUUGGGUAUAUUCAAUCCCACCGUGUUGCCAAGAUAUCGCGGCUCGGUCAACCGGCCCAGAUCAACCAAAACGAACGGGCCGCUGCUAGUUAUCGGGAAUGUUUACUCAUCCGUCUAAACCUCUAUUUGCUUCCGAAAAAGGCCUGCUCGCCAGCUUCAUUCUGGCGCAUUGUCCCUCCUCGCCGUGCGGCUGUGCGGCUGUCUAUCCUCGGGUCAACUGCAAAAUCACACGUCAAUAGACGUCACAAUGCUUGGCCUUCGACCGAGCUCGUUCCGAGGAAACGGUUUGUUUCACCAAGUCAGCCACCCGAAGCCAACGAAGCCGAAUGUGGGCUAUCAGUCUACCUCUUUCUGGAAGUUGGACCCAAUGAUCAGGGCAACACAACGGCUUAUUGCAACCUCAGCGACAACGUAACGCCAGCGGUGGUUUCGCUCUUUGAUUUGCAGCCACAGCUUGUAGGCUACUCGGCGGCUCCCUCAAGCGUGUGGAUCGCCAAACUGCAACCUUUUCUCGGUUUAGAUUUCGUUUUAGAUUUAAGCAUCCUUUUCUCUCUUCGUCUGCAAUCCAUCGAGAAGCGCUGGCCAGACCGCGCGGCACUAUGUGAUGGCUGCGGGAUGCCAGGCGCCUUACCGAGACACGGGUUUUCACCGCAACCUGUCGAGUCUUUCGCAAGCAAGCCUUUACCUGAGACGACUCGUCAAUGGCUAAAGGCAACGUCGCCAACUGUUGAGAGCCAGGCGGCUAUGCCCAGAUGCAAUUACAAGCCCAGUUGUUUGGUCUACAGUGCACUUCAUCCAGAUCCUUUGCCCGGCGGGUUGCUCUGGCGCCCAAUCCAUCAUCUAUUCGCAACCGACUUUACAGAAGAAAAGAGCCGAGUCAGCCGGGGGGCUUUGCCUAAUCAGGCACGCUCACCUGAAUCUGAGAACACGAGCCAUGCCAAAAGUCGCCGGCAAUACAACCGUCUUUCCCUCGUUUUAGGUCCUCAAGAUAUCCUCCAAUUUCCACUCGCAGCUGUCAACUUUUUCGACAUCCAUAUCCGUAUUCACAGUCCGGGUGACUGUUUAUUUCUGACGAGUAGCCCCAAGACAAAUAGUGAGGCUCGAGCGGCAUGUCUUGAGCCGAUACCGCCUGAGGACCCGGCGCCAUGGGCAUCAAGACCCAUCCUUACCGUGGAAAGUGACUCCCGACAGGCGUCCCUGGACAUUGCGACCAGCUGUAUAUCGUUGGAACCCGCGCUGGCUCUACUUGAAGAUCGGCCAGCACUGCCGCCGGUAUCCGAGAAGAGGAUGAACACCGUGCCAUUCAUCUCGUUGCCAACGCUCUUUCGCGGCCUUCCCCAGAACGCACACUAUCUGCCCCGUCUUCGCCGUCGAUCAUUGAUCCCGCAGAUUGGUUCAAUACCUGGCUGGACGAAAGAGGAAAUCAGACCAUCCAAAACGGGGGUUUGCGAGAGAGAACGCAAUCACGGCUCGGUCCCGAUCAUGAGAUCGCCUGGUUCCGUUGGCGUGACCUGGAGUCUUGUCUCUAGCCAUAUGGUUCACUGGGUUUCUUCCCUCUUCUCAUUUCCCAAGGCCCGCCUGAGCUUCUAUUCUCAGCGACCUCUCUUGUCAAGGGCCGGCCAUCUUCGCUUUCGAGCAUUACUGUUCCUCCGAUGCACCUCCGUUGCCGGGCUUGCCUUCGUUAACAAGGACCGGCGCCCUUUCGCGGCGGACAGUUCACCCCGAAAAUUCAGCAACAACCGCGACUCCGCGAUGGAUGGCCUGCUGCCAGGUCCGUACCAGGGACCACCCCUUCCGGUUUGCUAUGCUCCAACGGGUGUCUUCCACGGUGCAACCCUGACGGUGAUGGCUGGGGUCGUCGCUGAAAUCCCAAAGAGGAACUCAACGGACCGACCCCUGCAGCAGGGUUACCAAAUCCCCGAGAACCUCCUGUGGACAGCUGUCGAAACUAUUCGUGCCAGCGCGGCUCACUUUCAGCCACUGGUUGGUACUCAGUCAACAGCAGCAUGCGUUGGGCUGUUCUGCAUCCUCCAAUUCUUCGUUGCCAAGUUACUCGAUAUUUCAACGCCACCCUGCGAGGUAAACGGGAGGCAAGCCGCGUUUAACACCAUCCUCUUUGCCACUCUUGACCACUUCAUCCGAACUCUUGCAAAGGGGCGAAGGAAAAAACAUCUCCUAGGCCUCCGAUCCCUAAUUGUUUCGAUGCCAUACCCCGCCAAACAUGCAUAA